CUCCUUUUUUAUAUACACAUAUAUUUUUUUUUUUGUAUACAUAAUAUAUCUUUUAUAGAAUAUAAUAUACAAAGAUGGCUGACAAUAAGUUUUUCUGUCGCAUGUAUGAAAAUGAAUUCCCUAAGGUUGACGAUGUUGUUAUGGUCAAUGUUCGUCAAAUUGCCGACAUGGGUGCUUACGUUAAACUUCUUGAAUAUGGUGAUAGAGAAGGCAUGAUCUUGCUUUCUGAAUUAUCUAGAAGACGUAUUCGUUCAGUUCAAAAGUUGAUUCGUGUUGGUAGAGACGAAGUCGUCGUUGUUUUGAGAGUUGAUGAAGAAAAGGGUUAUAUUGAUUUGUCUAAACGUCGUGUUACUCCUGAAGAUAUUAUCAAGUGUGAAGAAAAAUACAACAAGUCCAAAGCUGUUCAUUCUAUUUUGCGUCAUGUUGCUGAAAAGAAUGACUUACCUCUUAAAGAAUUAUAUGAAACUAUUGGUUGGCCUUUGUAUAGAAAAUAUGGCCAUGCUUAUGAUGCUUUCAAGAUGGCUAUUGUAGAUGCUGAUGCUGUUUUCCAAGGCAUGAAUAUUUCUGAAGAAGUUCUCAAGGAAUUAUUGGCUAUUAUUAAGCGUAGAAUGACUCCUCAUCCUGUCAAGAUUCGUGCCCAACUUGAUAUUAGAUGUACUGGUAUUGAUGGUGUUAAUGCUAUUAAGGCAGCCUUGAAGGCAGGUGAAUCAGUUGGUUCAGAAGAAGUGCCUAUUAAGAUUACAUAUUUAGCUGCACCUUUCUACGUUGUUACUGUUGAUUCUUUAGAUAAGAAACUUGGUUUUGAAGUAAUUGAAAAGAGUAUUGAAGCGAUAAAGACAGAAUUAGAAAAGCAUGCUUGGACUAAAUUCAAGGUAGAAAAGGAAGCUAAAUUGGUUUCUGAUUCUGAUGAUAAAGAUUUUGCUGCUUUGUUGGCUCAAGCAGAAAAGGAAAAUGAGCUUGUUAGUGGUGAUGAAGAUGAAGGUGAUGCUGUUGCUGCUAGUGAUGAUGAUAUGUAAAAGUAAUUACACUAAUAAUAAUAAUAAUAAAGAAGAUGAUACAUAUUUUGUUUUAAUGUCUAUAUGCAUGUAGUAUAUAAACUGUGUCCUAUUUUAGCCUAAUUGUAGAGCAGCAUUUUAUAUAAGCGACCGUGUAUUAUUAAAUCGAGCCAAAUCAUUUUAAUAGUCGUCGUCGUCGUCUGCUUUUAUAAUUUAUUAGAAAAUUUUCACGCAUGUUUAAAUUAUCUCCCUUCUCUUUGCUUAUUUUAAAUAAAAGUUACUGCUAAUAUCUCGC